AUGGCGGAUUUAAGCGAAGUGAAAGAGACACUAGUCAAGUUAGCAAAUAGAAUUUCCGACUUGCAACAGUCAAGUGAGGCAUCUAACAAUUCAGGUAAGUGUAGUAUAUAUAUAUUGAUUGUAUUGGUUUAUUAAUAUUCCUCCGCUAAAAGUACUGUACUACACCUGAGUGACCUCUACUAUUUUGUCAACAUAAAAUUUUAAAUUUAGCUACAUAAAAUUUGCGGCGCUAGGGUAGAGUGUCGUUUGUAUAAUCUUAUGUUUUUAGGAUAAAUUGAUUCGAACAAAAUAAAAAGCAGCGAAUAAGUGAAUGGAAGGUGUUUUUGUACACGUUUAAUCCACAAUUUGAUCGAAAUAUAUUAUAAAGUGUAUACAGGUGAAUAUGAUGCUUGUGAUGUUACUCUGGGUGUAUAUCUACACCGGGCAAGCUUGAAAAACAUGCCUGACCACGGUGGGAAUCGAACCUACGACCUUUGGAAUACUAGCCCAAUGCUCUGCCAACUGAGCUACGCGGUCUGGUCGGUUCGAGUAUGUGAUAUUUCGGAACAGAAUCUAGUUCCUUCGAUAUCAAUGUAAUCUAAUAAUCAUGAUUUUUUCUGUGUUGGUGUAAUGUCUCAGGUGAAUAUGAUGCUUGUGAUGUUACUCUGAGUGUAUAUCUACACCGGGCAGGCUUGAUAAAUAUGCCUGACCACGGUGGGAAUCAAACCUACGAUCUUUGGAAUACUAGCCCAGUGCUCUGCCAACUGAGCUACGCGGUCUGGUCGGUGUCGAAUCGAACAUCACAAGCAUCAUAUUCACCUGUAUAGUAGGCUACACUUUAUAAUAUAUUUCGAUCAAAUUGUGGAUUAAACAUGUACAAAAACACCUUCCAUUCACUUAUUUGCUGCUUUUUAUUUUGUUCGAAUCAAUUUAUCCUAAAAACAUAAGAUUAUACAAACGACACUCUACCCUAGCGCCGCAAAUUUUAUGUAGCUAAAUUUAAAAUUUUAUGUUGACAAAAUAGUAGAGGUCACUCAGGUGUAGUACAGUACUUUUAGAGGAAUAUUAAUAAACCAAUACAAUCAAUAUUACACUAGCUUACCUGAAUUGUUAGAUGCCUCACUUGACUGUUGCAAGUCGGAAAUUCUAUUUGCUAACUUGACUAGUGUCUCUUUCACUUCGCUUAAAUCCACCAUAUUUUACACCUCGUGAUUGAGCUACAUGUGAGCCGGCGUUACGUCGUUUAAAUUGGAUUGCGGUUGGAUGUUCAAAAAAGUUGAAUGUUGAAUUGCGUAAAAAGUUGAAUGUUGAAUUACGUAAAAGUUGAAUGUUGAAUUGCGUAAAAAGUUGAAUGUUGAAUUUCGUAAAAAGUUGAAUGUUUAAUUUUGUGAAAAGUUGAAUGUUGAACUGCGUAAAAAAGUUGAAUGUUCAGUUGUGUGAAAAGUUGAAUGUUCAAUUGUGAAAAGUUGAAUGUUGAAUUGCGUAAAAAAGUUGAAUGUUGAAUUGUGCGAAAAGUUGAAUGUUCAAUUGUGUGAAAAGUUGAAUGUUCAAUUGUGAAAAGUUGAAUGUUGUAUUAUGAAUUGAACAAAAUACACAAACUAGGAUCACAAAUAGAAAACUUGAAUUUUGGCGGAAAUAUGACGUCAUAUUAAACUGCUAAAGCCAGAUUUUCAUGAAUGUUUUUCAAUAUAAUAUCGAUGUGGUUUUUUUGUUUACCGAUUCGGCCAUGCCUGUCAAGCUGCCGUGUCUGCAUGCACAGGAGGCCAAAUUUUGUAAAUAUAUUUGACAUCCGUUAUUCCGUACGAUGUUUAAUAAUUUAUUCGGUUUAUUUACGUGAUAUCUUGUUCGUUGUAUGGCAUAUCACACAUUUUAAUACAAUUGUUGUAAAUUUCAGGUCACUUUAAUAUUUCAAAGCGCGCUUCCCAUGUUUUGUUUUGAUUGUAAAUACUGCAUAUUACUUAUUACAUUUCUAAAUUUAGAAUACUGGGUGGGGUAUUGAUUAAAAGUUGCGAAAUUUAUAAUAAUCUGCCAUAUUUUCAUCUUUUUAAUGCCCAACUUACAGCAUAAUCAAAUAAAGUUCAGUACUUUAGUGCGAUAUCGAGGUUUGUUGUUCGUUUAAGACGAUAAUUGGGGGAAUAUGUGGUUCAGAUAGCCGAGAUAAAAAAGAAGUAGUGACAGUCAUUCCACUAGUUUCCUGUUCAAGAGAUAUAGCAAAACAUUUGGGAUCAUUGGCGUCUUCUGGACCGGAAAAUGAGGUAGAUUUGAUCUUGUCUCGAGCUGCGAUAUUUAAGACACCACAGGAUAUAAACGACAUGAUAAUAUGCCCAUUCCAUCGCGGGAAACUUGGUUUAGGAUAGACAAGAGGAGCUAGUAUAAGAUGCAGGGUUCCACCUGUUUUGUCUCAACACGGUAACAAAAAUAAAAAAAUUGGCCCAAGGGUGAAAGAGGGUUGGAAAAUAUGACUCCCUACAUGUGUUACGAAAGACUGGCGCGUUUAUUCAGUGUGGCUCAGGUAAAAAUUUUUUGUCAGAUUUUGAUACAUAAUUAAAUAGAUAUUAGAUAUGUACACAGUUUAAUCGUCACAAAAUUUACAGUAAAAGUUCUGAAUUACAAAGUAAAGUGAUUACAUAAAAACUAAAUAAUUUAAAAUUACCACCCAAUUUAAUAAAAUGUAAUGAGCAGCACUUUAUUCCAUAGGAGUAUGCAGAAAAUGUAGAGAUCUUUUGAAGAAUCUUCGCAGAGUAGAUGUCGAUGAACUAGAAAGUCAGUUGAAGCAAACAACAUUGGUAUGUCAAAUAGGAUAUGGUGAGAGGCAGCCAUGUUAUCGGCAGAUUAAUAAUUAAAAAUCUACAUACUGUAACGAACCUCUGUCUCUUAUAUUAGACACCCGUUUACACGAUGUCCGCAAAGUUUGAAAACGAAACGAAAUUCUUACUUUUAGUUCACACGAUACCGGUAUGAAAAAACAUGAAAACGUAACGAUAACCAUAAGAGUUUGAAACCGCAGUGCCGUCUCGGCACCGUGUGAACGCCUAACCCUAAGAGCUGUAUUACGGUAAACAAGCAAUGAAGCUAUGAAGGUAAACUUCAAGUAAGAAAAAAACUCGAAACAGUCAUGGCACCAAAUCGGAAUGAAACUCUACGGGAUAAUUUUCUGCCGGCAGAGUUUCGUACCGGCAUGGUGUGAACGAGCCGGAUGCAGAUGGCACCAACGGACGGACGGACGACGGACGAAUAGGUGCAUAGACGACCGAUGAGUCUAUCGAAGAAUAAGAGAAAUAACGGUAUCUCACAAUUUUUAGGAUGAUGAUGAUGAUGAAGUAAUGUUCAAGACACCCAUGCACAAAACUAUCCCAGUUACUCAAACACCUCUUGAUGUAAUGGUUUUUUCUCCCUCAGCAGUUUCUGAACUCUCACAGAUGAAAGACCCUAACAUAACGCCUCGAGAAAGGCUGAAUGUGUUUCUCGCUUCUAGAGAUGUAAGCCCCAUAAGGACAGCGAUGAACACUUCAUGGCAUGCAGCGGCAGAUCGUACAAAAAGACACUAUUUACGUAAAGCUUGGCAAGUUAUUCACGCAACACUUGAAGAAAUCGCACCAGAUAAUUCUGAAGAGCUAUUAAGAGCCGUGCAAGAAGGAAGUAUGGGCGGAGAAAGUGACUAG